ACACGAAUGCCGGUCAUUCAGUGAGUGUAUGACACUGCUAACGGUAUUCUAAAAUGAGAUUGCAACGCGUCGACCGCUUUAGAUCAGUUUAUUAGCAUAUUUCUCUGUACGUUAAUGGGAUACGGUGCUCAUGAUGGAUGUACACCAAUUGCAUCAAAUGCCGAAUAAAAGUGAAGGAGAAUUAACUCCAGAAGAAAAAUGGAGGAUAGAGCAUAUAAAGAUGCACGAGCAGCAUCGAGGCCAUGAAUCUAUGCAUGCGGAAAUGCUGCUUAUAUUGUUGGUGACAUUAACAGUAGCACAGAUUAUACUGGUUGAAUGGAAGAAGAGGCAUUUCAAGUCAUAUCAGCUUGUAACGCUAGUAGCCAUGUGGAUUAUUCCAUUUGGAGUAAGCUUAAAGAACCAUUGGUGGAGAUUUAUAUUUUUAUGGCUUUUAUCUUCAUGUAUAACAGCUCUAGUAGUAAGAAAAGCUAUGCAAAGACCAAUAGAAGGUACCACACCUAGACUCGUGUACAAAUGGUUUUAUUUUCUUUAUAAGCUCAGUUAUGCGCUAGGUAUAAUUGGAUAUAUCUUUGUGUUAUUUACAUUUUUUGGCAUAAAUAUCCUAUUAAAUAUUAAACCUCAUGUUUGGAUGGACUGCGGCAUGUUGUUUUUAUUUUAUGGUCUUUACUUUGGAGUAUUAGGGAGAGACAUUGCUGAAAUGUGUGCUGACACAAUGGCAUCACAUAUUGGGUAUUAUACUCCGGACAGUAUUCCAACGAGAGUCUUGGAACCAAAUGUUUGCGCAGUAUGCGGAAAUAAACUUCUGGUUUCCGAGCACGAGGAAGGUGUGAUCGAAAAUACGUAUAAACUUACUUGCGAACAUGUUUUCCACGAAUUUUGUAUUAGGGGUUGGUGCAUUGUUGGAAAGAAGCAAACUUGUCCUUACUGCAAAGAGAAAGUCGACUUAACGAAAAUGUUUCGCAAUCCUUGGCAACGGCCACACGUUUUAUAUGGUCAACUAUUGGAUUGGUUAAGGUGGCUAGUUGCUUGGCAACCUUUAAUUUUGUUUCUAGUUCAAGGUAUCAAUUGGGCUCUGGGCCUUGAGUAAGUAAUAAUGUUGGCGUAAAUCAACUACUCUCACAUGCACCAUUGUUGUUAUUGCAACACUAAAGAGAAUGAUUAACUUAGUCAUCUUGUCAAUACUGUGUUUGUAUUUUUAUAUAUGUUGUAAUUAUUUUUGUUACUCAUAAAAAAGAUAUUUUAAUAGAUAGGACAAGUAAAAUGCCAGUAAAAAUAAUCCUACUCGUGUCUAAGCAUUAAAAAUUAAUAAUGAUACCACGUUAAUUCUGAAAAGUAUAUAUUUAUUCCCAUACAUGUAGAGAAUAACUCCCCGUUAAAAAUGAUUCCGGAAUAUAGCAUAUAAACAUUUUGUGUAAUCGAAGAAACUGAAUAGAAAAAUUCUUUAUAUGAAAUAAUAAUAUACCAAAGCUCAAUGCGUAAAUUAGAUGUAAUGUAACUAUAUAUCUAAAAUAGUGUAUGCCACACAUUAAACAUGUAAUUAAAAAUUAUUUAAUGUAAGAAAUAAUCAGAUACAUGGCGAUAUUUUUGUAUUUUUCCUCUAAAAAUUCUUUGUACACAUAAGAAUAUUAAGAAUAAUAUUUUAAAAAACAGUUACUAUAGGAGUAACAUUUUGUGAAGGACAUGAGGAGGAUUAAAUCAUUUUCUAUAUUGUUCUAUCCAGAUAGUCUAUCAUAGUUUUAGCAGUUAAAUGUCAGGUUAUAGUGAUGUGUUAAAUAUUUGUUCAUAAAUUUAUUACCUAUACUUCUGGCAAACAUGUUUUGCAAAUAACUUCCUACUAAUUAUGAAUACAUUCCAUUACUCCUAAACAUGUAAUGAGUGCUGCUUCCAAUAUUUGCUUCAUCAAAUAAUACAAUUACAAGAAACUAAAGAAUGCAUGUAUAUAUAUUGUAUGUGACUGCUGUUUACAGGGUGUAAAUUAUAUUGUAAUAUAUAAAAAUAGACGAAAUCAAAGAAUUGAUAUGAAUUGUACACGUAUUUUCUUUUAAGUUAUUUUAAUGAGAUUUUAACAUUAGUGUUUCGCAAUUGUAAAAGAUAUAAAUCAGAAAAAUAUAUUCUUGACAAGAUAUACAUUUCACUUAUAAUAAUUGGAGAAAUAUUUAUCUAGCAUUUAAAUACCUUCUUUCUUUUGAUUAGACGUCAAUAAUUGUAGCAGACUUGAUUAUGUAAGCAUAUGAUCUUGAUUAUAAAAAAUACUUGCUAUCGAUUUAUAUUUUCUAUAAUCAAAUUUCUACGUGUAAUAUUUUUCUAGUAAACACAUCUUGAGUGCUUCUUGCAGCAUUCAAACAAUAGAGAUCAAACUUACAAUAUAUACAUAAUAUAAAUCCAUUGUAAAAUAAUGGCAUUUAAUUUUGUUGCUAGUCGCUCCAAUUAUUGUGGAGGAUAUUUUUAAAAUGUAAUAAUUACUAUUUAUAAUUUUUUUUUCUUAAGAUCUCCAUGGGAGAAGAAUUUGAUAUAUGUUACAUUCUCAAUCAUGAAUAUAUCUUUCGAUCUGUUCUUUCUUUUGGACGAGAGUGCAAAAUUUAUUGUACGGUAUAUUGUAUCAUUCAACUAUAACAGUCAACAGAAAUGUAACAUGUAUUUCUUCCAUCUUGUUCCUACACAAAACAUACAACAUAGUAUAACGCAAUCAUUUUGUAAAGAAUAAAACCACUGUCAAAAACAUGUCUUUUACAAUAAAAUUAUGUACAAAAUGA